AUUGUCAGCCCUUCAGCGAACGUUUCCAUUUACAUAACAACAUUCAACGUAAAUGGAAAGAGCCCUCCAGAAGUCAUUCGUGGAUGGUUUCCUGAUGGUAAUACUAGCGAUUUCUACGCUAUUGGCUUACAAGAAAUGGAUUUGUCUGUUGGAACCUUCAUAAUCGAUAAUCCGAAAAAGAUGGAGGAGUGGUUGGAAUGUAUAAGAGCGUCAUUGCCUGGAGGAGGAAAGAACUUUAGAGUGGUAACUAGUAUGCGCCUUAUUGGAAUCUUCAUGGUACUGUUUCCCCAUCAAGAAAGCUCUGUCGUGAAAGUGUCAAAAAUCAACUCUGCAUAUAUGGCGACAGGCAUAUCGAUGUUUAUCAAUAAGCUUGGCAACAAGGGAGGAACAGCCAUUUCACUGAAGCUAAACGACACGCUAGUCUGUUUUGUCAAUUGCCAUUUGGCGGCUGGAACUGGUGAGUUGGAACGAAGGAACCAGGAUUUCAGGGACAUUUCUCAAAUAACCUUUGCCGAUGGUCUAUCUAUAUACGACCACUCGAACGCCUGUGUGAGACAUAUAGCUUCGUCAUCAGAAUUUCCGCUCCUUUUCAGAUAUGACCAGUUACGGGAGCAGCAAUCAAACGGACAGGUAUUUAUCGGUUUCCAAGAGCCUGAUAUCCUACCUUUUCGACCAACAUACAAGUACGAUGUUGGGACAUCCACAUGGGACUCAAGUGAAAAGGCUCGUGUACCAGCAUGGUGUGAUCGCAUACUCUGGUGGACGCGUGACCCAGAUACUCAGCUGAAAGUUUGCCAAUAUGAAAGUGCAGAGAGGAUUGUAAUAAGCGAUCAUAAGCCAGUUCGGGCUGCUUUCAACCUCAGCGUACGGAAGAUUGAUCAGGCGAAAGCUGAUCGGAUAUAUGAUGAGGCUAUACGAGAAGCAGAUCGAAGAGCAAAUGAGCUGCUACCUCAGGUGUCACUAAGUAUGACUGAGAUCUCCUUGACCGUCGUGAUCGACAAGGAAAUUGCAUGGGAGCUGACUGGAACAAAGUUGCAAGAUAUUCUUGUCAUGAAUCUCGAACACGGUAGAGAUUACUUUAUUCCUGUCAUGGCGCAGUAUUAUCCCAGGGUUUUCGGCGUAUCCUUGGAACAUUUGCUGACGAAGAAAAAAGACACGGUUGUUGGAAACUUGAUUGACUUCGUGAGUUACUUUUCACGUUUUUGUUCCCCUACGCUAUUGACUUGUCAGCGUUAA